CCGCCCCCCCCCCGCGGACGACUUCCGUUCGGAGGGACGGUGGAAGGAGAGUGCGAGGACUGGGAGGAGAGUACUUGGUGUCCUCGGCCCCAGAUAGCGCGAUGCGAUCGGUUAGCUACGUGCAGCGAGUAACCCUGGAGUUCAGCGGAAGCCUCUUUCCGCACGCAAUUUGCCUCGGCGACGUCGACAACGAUGCGUUAAAUGAGCUGGUGGUGGGAGACACUGGUGGGAAACUAUCCGUGUACAAAAAUGAUGACACCCGGCCAUGGAUCACCUGUUCCUGCCAGGGAAUGCUUACCUGUGUUGGGGUAGGAGACAUAUGUAAUAAGGGAAAGAACUUGGUCGUGGCAGUAAGUGCUGAGGGCUGGUUUCACCUGUUUGACCUGAUGCCUGCCAAGACUGCAGAUACCUCUGGGCACCAUGAGGCAUCGGCGGGCGAGGAGCAUCGACCAAUGUUCAAGCAGCACAUCCCUGCCAACACCAAAGUCAUGCUGAUCAGUGAUAUUGAUGGGGAUGGACGUUGUGAGCUGGUGGUAGGCUAUACAGACCGUGUGGUAAGGGCGUUCCGAUGGGAGGAUGCCAGUGAUGGCACGGAACAUGUGACUGGACAGUUGGUUUCACUUAAGAAAUGGCUACUGGAGGGACAGGUAGACAAUCUGUCAGUGACGCUGGGGCCUCAGGGAACCCCGGAACUGAUGGUGUCCCAGCCAGGCUGUGCUUAUGCCAUUCUACUGUGCACCUGGAACAAGGGGCCCCUCCCUGUCCCUGAGGAGAAUAGCAGAGAGACUGCUGCCCUCCGAGAUGUCGUCCUGCACCAAACGUCUGGCCGUAUCCACAACAAGAAUGUCUCUACCCACCUCAUUGGCAACAUCAGGCAUGGCCGAAGCAAUGAAAGUAGUGGUUCAAGGCUCUUUGCCCUCUGCACCCUUGAUGGAACUCUAAAGCUCAUGGAGGGAGCAGACAAGCUGCUUUGGUCAGUACAGGUGGAUCACCAACUUUUUGCCCUAGAAAAACUGGAUGUUACAGGCAAUGGAAGUGAGGAGGUAGUGGCAUGUGCCUGGGAUGGACAGACAUACAUCAUUGAUCACAACAGAACUGUGGCUCGCUUCCAGGUGGAUGAGAAUGUCCGUGCCUUUUGUGCAGGCCUAUAUGCCUGCAAAGGAGGUCAAAACAGCCCCUGCUUAGUAUAUGUGACCUUCAACCAGAAGAUAUACAUAUAUUGGGAUGUGCUGCUCGAGCGGAUGGAGUCCACCAAUCUGGUGAAGGUGCUGGAGGCCGACCCAGAGUACCAGGGCCUGCUCCAGGAAUUGGGUGUGGAUCCCGAUGACCUCACUGCUGUGCAAGCAUUGAUCCAUCAGACGCUUUACCAUCCGGAUCAACCACAGCCAGAUAAUCCUUCAAGCAACCCGGAUCCUUCUUAACUGGAGGUUACCAAGAAAGAGACUUGGGAGCAGAGAAGGAAAGAGACGGCGUAUUUGUGGCGGAAAGUUGAGCCGACUACAGAAAAAAUCAUUUGUCCUGACUCCUAGAAGAGCGGUGUUCAUAGGGUCAUGGAGGUGGAAGGUGGAAGGAGCCUAAGAAACCAUGGGGUCCUGCCCUCUCACUUGAGGGGACUGAGGCCCAGGGAGUUUUAAGUGGCUUGCCCUGGGUUGCACAUAUUGUGAAAAUUGUUUUCUGGGUCAAAGACUUCCCCUUCCCCACCUCAACUCUUUGAAAGGCCAAUCACCUAGAAAAUCACCAUUUAACACCUGAUGACGCCGUUAGAUGUUGGAUAGCACUUUUGUCUGUGAGUCACUUUGAGUCAUUUUUUAGUCUGAUUUGAUUUGUCUGCUGUCUUGAUUUUCCUUUUGAAUUAGACUGUCCCCAUUAAUCAGCCCUAUUUAUAUGAA